AUGUCGUUUUGCAAGCAACCGAGCCGCGAGUUCCAGUGUGGAGAUGGCAAGACGGUACCACGUGACCGCGUGUGUGACUACGUACCAGACUGCGAUAAUCGCGCCGACGAGAGCAGCUGUGGAGAUUGUGACUUCAGUGAAGGCGCCUGUGGCUGGAACCUUGAUGACGCCAGAAACCGGGGCACGACAGUGUGGCAAGUGGUCCCCAUUGGACUAGUUUCAAGGUCACCGCCAAAUGGAGCGGACCAGCGCCGCGAUGGUAACUAUUUGCUGCUUUAUGGAAACAGCACAAUGACGCUGCAACAUGGUCGAGCCAGCAUCCAGUCACCAACGAUUAGAAACACAGGGAAACUGUGUGCCCUCGUAUUUUGGUACAACUUUCACAGUGGGGGAGCUCACCUUGACGUGGACCUGUAUAUGAAUGCGGCUGGAUAUACUAUGCAAGUUUGGACCCGCACCGCUCUGGGCAAACCAUCUCUCGAAGGAUUCUGGAACAGAGUUUCGGUCGACAUCGGGCGGCACAAAGGAGAAGUUAGCUUCGACUUUGCAACCAACCAGUACCCUCAGGGAAAAGCCGUGUUUGCCGUCGAUUCCAUACACUAUAGCGGAUGUACUCUGCCAACUAAGGCGGGAAACUGCACUGACAAAUUUCGAUUUCACUGUACCAACGAUGUUUGUAUCGACUCGUACGAGCGCUGCAACUACGUGGACGAUUGCGGGGACAACAGCGAUGAAGAGAAUUGUGGUGAUUGA